AUGAAGUUCUGGGAUGUAAUCGAAACAAAUGAAAGGCUUCUUCUUAUUCACAUUGUCGACGAUGAAGCGCCAUGGUUGAAAUACUCUGUUUGCGUGAAAGGAGACUUGAGCGUGACACUACACGUCAUGAAAACAGCCGUAAAAAAGCUAGGCGCAAAUGCCUGCGUUCCCGAAAUCGCUAACAGUAAAAGGGGUAUGGUGGAACUCCUGGAAGGCAUCGAGAAGUGGGACGGUGACCUGAUGUGCAACUCAGUCGCGGAAAUUUGCGAGGCGGUUUGUUUACUGCUAGAUCAGCUUUGCACGUCCCAAGCAGAAGACGACGCCAACUGUGUUCGAUUUCUGAAGGAGCACGUCACCUUGCACCUAUCGAAAGAACAGCGCAGGCGCUGCUCUGCUUUCAUGAUGUUCUGCUGCAUUCUUUUCACUAUAUCGCCCCAUGCGUACGCGUUCAUGCGCAGCCAUGCAAGCAUCACCUUGCCGCAUCCUAUGACAAUCAGAUCAGUGUGCUUGUCUUAA